AAUGAACGCGCCUCCCUCGGUUUCCACUAAUUACCACAGCCAAAGUAAAAAAUUACAGUAUCGCAAAAAUGAAUGAAAACAACAAAUAGCUUUUUGAUCUUAAUUGAAGGUUAUGUUUAAAAUCACAUUGUGAGAGAAUUGAAGAAAUAGGCGGGGUUUGUGACUGUAGUGACCACCAUAUCCCUCCCUCCACAGACAGUCCUCCUUGGUCGUAGGUGCCAGCGUCCAAACUAGACUGCCACACGCCGAAAACAUCGCCACACAGCCGGGCAGUAGUAGUUUUGAGCAUGGCUAAUUCAACUGGGAUCAGUGUUGUACCACCGGGUCAGACAGCGGGGGGAGGUAGCAGCGCAGGAGACGACCAUGUAAACCCAGAGUACAUAGCCUUCGUCCUGGUGCCGGUCUUCUUCCUCCUGGGUCUCCUGGGGGUCUUGGUGUGUCACGUCCUGAAGAGGAAGGGUUACCGCUGCACCACCGAGGCUGAGGAUGAGGAGGAGGCGGCUCGGGUAGCAGAGGCAGAAAAGAAGGAUCUGGAGAUGUGUACAGAGCUGAACGACACCUACAGCGAGAGCAACGAUGACACCGUGGGACAGAUCGUUCAUUACAUCAUGAAGAAUGAAGCGAACUCCGAUGCCCUCCAAGCCAUGGUUCCUGAAAACAGCAUAGACUCAGAAGGCCCACCGCUGACUCCCACCUCCCCCACCCUCCCAGUGACCCCCGUCUCGCCUCGUGUCCCGGCGGGACUUGCCAGACACACCUGCAACCACCUGCACACCAUCGGAGGCAUGGGGGGCCUCAGCAGCGUCUGCAACCGCUGCAAUCACAAAAAGUGGCCCCUGAUGAGGCGCGUGUCCACCAAGAGGAUAGUAGACAGGAGGAGCCACGGAGAGGUCACUGUGUUGGCUGUGGGGAGGUUCCGGGUUACAAAGUGUGACAAGGAGAGGCCCGUCAGAGAAAGGAGGACCAUGCUCAGCACGGACUCCAACGGGAGUAUGCCCGCGUCGCCCACGGAGAAGGAACCCUUUGAGGGCAGGACCAUCUCUGAGUCACAUCAGAAGGAAGACGGGGCUGAUCCAAAGUGACAGGAACCAAGGUGGCUUUCUAUUGGGCUCCGAAGUUCUGUCCAAGCCGGUUUAUCUGGGCCUCCUUAAGUAACAUGUUCCUCCUUUUGAUAAAACGUCCUCAUUUCCUCUACAGAGCAGCGCAUGGCUUCCUGAAGAGAGCCAGGGGGGGGGGGGAUAUGAUCAUUUGCACCACUUUUUAAACCCAGAAUGGGACCGUAGAGAAGCAUCGGCGCGAGAAGAGCAGCAGAGGCGUUCCAGGGGUAAAUCUGUCCCCCGUCUCCUUUGAUGGUCAGACGAGACAAGACAGAGGUGUUGAUGGUGAAUUAGAGGAUAAAGAUGAGACCGGUUACUCUCUCUCUCUAUCAAACUUGGCCCUCUGUCUCGGGCAGGGUAGCGGAGAGGGUGUCAGGUAUGACGUGUUAGAAAGAGCCAUUGUGCCGUUCAUCAGACAGUGAGUCACUGGUAGUGCCACCCCCCCACACCCUCUCGUCACCAAAGAUGUGGAAACCACCACCAAACGUUAAUCAUUUAUAUUUUUUCUUCCCGAUUCUGCUGCCAAGGAGGAAAACCACAAACGCUCACCUGACCAGGAAGUUGAGAUUGCAUUGGGGGUUGUGUGAGCCAAGAGCCAAUAAACUGUGCAGUGUGUUGGCGCCAAAUACACAAUCUCUGCCUAGCCUUCACGUCCACUUCUGAGCCCCUGGGCAAAGACUGGUUGAAUCCAAGUUGUUUCCACCUCAUUUAAACCCCCAGAAUCAACGUGAAAAACUAGUUGGAUUUGCAAAAAGUCAUCAACGUAAGUGAAUUUAUAAAAAAAACAUUUUAAAAAAUCACCCAACUUUGAACCUAAAUCCAGUGACAUAGUGAUUUAUUUUGUAUUGUUUUUUUUUUACGUUAGUUGACAACUCAACCAAUAAUAAUGUUGAACUGACCGCUUCCAAUUGGUUCAUUUUCCCCCCUCCCCUGUAACUAUUCCCCAGGUUGUUGCUGUAAAUGAGGUGUUCUCAGGACUAUCUAGUCCCCCCUCCUUCUAGAACUCCAAUGGAGUACAUUAACUAGGUUUAUAUGGUGAGGAGAAAUUUCCUGAUCACCUUUAAAAAAAAAAAAAAAAAAUGUAAAAAAAAAUGUUGGUUGUCACGGUGACGCAUGGAACCGCUUCUGAUUCCACCCCAGUGAAACUACCUAUUUUAAUUGGCCAUCGACUCGUCUCUUUGCCAAUACUACGUAUGGUUUCUAUUCAAAAGAGCUGAACAAAUCCAUUUUAAACUUCAGUAGGAGGCCUUUAAAAUGCACAUCUUUUUCCUUGAUCGAUGCACAGACGGUCUUCGUCGGAACAGCUAGUAGCAGCUGUCUUGUGUGUCUCACUGAGUUUGCGUACGGUGGUAUGUGGUGGGGGAUGUAGACUUCGUGUGAGAGAAUUCUUUUUUUGUGUGUGUGUGUAUUUUUCAACGUGAAUCAUGAGGUCAAAUGUUUUGUUUUCUAUGGUGAAUAAGUUUUUUUUUUUUUUGUCCAGGACUUAGAUACAUGAACAUUACCUUUAGGAACAAAAAAAAACCUAUUUAAAAAAAAUCUAGAACAGGAGCUGAACCAAAAUUAUUAUACAAUGCAAAAAAAUAUAUAUAUAUUUCUCAGUGAGGAGAAGUAAUGUCUUGUGAUCAAAUGUGUUAAAAUGUCAUUUAUACUGUAACAAUUAAUCUAUUGACUCCCAUUUGCCAUGAAUUGUAAACAAAUGUCAAAGUAUGUUAAAAACGGACAGUGUUUCAAAUGAACCCAUACCAAAGCCAACACUAUUUUCUGGGCGGGAUUACUUUUUAAGCUUUCCAUUCGUCAACGAGUAGGCCUACAUUGAGCAAACCUGAACAACGUACAACGAACGGCACUCCAAUCCAAAUCUACCGUCAGGCACAAAACAAACGAAAAGGGUUUCAACCGUCUCAAAGUAUUCCCAGUGAACGUCUCCUCUCCUCGCGGAUGAAGGAAGAGGAGACCAAUCCACUUUAGGCUUUUGAGGAUUGUCGGACCUUUUUUGGCGAAUUUUAAAACUGGAAUGGCUUUCAUCUAAGAGCUUUAAUAUCAAUUAAAAAAAUAAAUGUUUUGAGGAUUUUCUCCAAAAAGCAUCUGUUUAUGUGAAAUAGGAAUUGACCUAUUCAGUAUCAUUCAAUGUGUUUUGUUAUUUGCUCUGUUUGCUUUGGAGACUGUAUCGUCUUAUCACAACCUUUUAAAACUGUUGUAUGAAAAUGUAUUUAAAAAAUAAAGCAAACUGACUGAAAAAAAACA